GUGACUGCCUGUGCGCUGCAAGUGCGACAAGUUUUGUUAAAUAAGUUUGGUACGCAAUCGUUAUCAAAGUAAAAUACAUUUUCUAAUUAUACCCCUAUACACGCUAUUGAAAUAUAAUGUGAUUCCUAGUCGUAUUUCUUGGCAGAUCAAUUUUUGUCAAUCCUAGUCGAGUGUUUUAAGCGAACUUUUAUUUUAUUUUUUUUUUCUUGUCAUGGCUGAUACCCUCGAGUGUAUUUACAGCCGGAUCAUGUCAGCGUGCGAUGGUAAACGUCAAUUGUGGUACUCAACAGUUCGUUGAGAGCUGGUGAAGUUGCUAGUGUCAAGCAACGUAAAACAUGGGUGACGAUAAUAAUGGGCAGACGAACGGGUGUCGAUGUGGAGAUAGACGCUACUACUAGCGAGCUGGAAGUGCUCGUCGCGUCGGAGACGCAGGAGGGUGAAAAGGAAGACGAGGGGGAGGGGAAGGAGAAUAUAUACGACGGAAGGUCCGCGACGAGGAUGGAAUCGCGGCACCCACGCAAGAACCGUCUACGUAGCAUCAUCGGGAUAUGCCUGUUCCUUGCGCUGACCGGGAUCAUUUACCUGGGCUACUUCUGCCCGGAUCACGUGUGCGCUUUGACAAACCGCGAGAUCAGGGAGUCUAUUGGACUGUCAGAGAGCCUGUCCAUCGCCCCUGGAUCACCUGUCGCUGGUUCCGCUGCGCUCUCUUCAGUUUCCAUCGAGCUUGAUAGAAACGGUUUGCUCUCGGUGCAUCCCGCCUUCAAGUUACAGAGCAUCCAGGGUAGUCUAGGCUAUGAUGACAUCUUUGCCAAUGACACCUUUCAAUUUGAUAUCAAUGCUCACGACGUUAUGGUCUUCCUUCACAUACAAAAAACAGGUGGCACACUAUUUGGCAAACAUCUGGUACGAGAUUUAGAAUUACAAAGACCGUGCUCAUGUCAACGACGACGCAAGCGUUGCUUCUGUUUCCGUCCAAAUCAUAACGAAAAUUGGUUAUUCUCACGAUACUCUACCGGCUGGAAGUGUGGAUUACAUGCGGAUUGGACCGAAUUGACAAAUUGUGUUGAUACGGAACUCAAUAAAAUUGAAGGAGAUGGAAUUAAGCGCCGUUACUUUUACAUAACUAUCAUAAGGGAUCCCGUUGCAAGAUAUCUAUCUGAGUUUAGGCACGUGCAGAGAGGUGCUACAUGGAGAGGUGCUCGUCAUUGGUGCGGAGGUACUCAAGCAAAUAUACCUCAGUGUUACGAUGGUCCCAAUUGGAAAGGUGUUACCCUGGAAGAGUUUAUGGAAUGCCCUUACAAUUUGGCAAGAAAUCGUCAAACGAGGAUGCUGGCAGAUUUAUCGAUAGUUGGCUGUUAUAACUCCACUCUUAGCAAAACUGAUAAAGAACGUCUAAUAUUGGCUAGCGCUAAACACAACUUACAAUUUAUGCCUUUCUUCAUGCUGACUGAAUACCAGAAGGUGGGGCAGUACACCUUCGAAGAAACAUUUAAAAUGCGAUUUGCGGUUGCAUUUGAGCAGCAUAAUGCCACACUUAGUGCAGCCACUAUGGCAACCCUCAGUACGGAACAAUUAGACGCCGUACGUAAACUCAACAGCCUGGACCUAGAACUCUACGAAUUUGCAAAGAAUCUUGCUUUUCAAAGAUUUAAACGGCUUAGAGAUCGUGAUCCACAUUUCGUACAACGAUUCCAACACCUUGGUGAAUUGCCAUCAAGGCAAAGUGCCACAGAAUUUAACUGGGAUUCUGUCAUUGAAGACACUACGGAUAACGAAUGAUGUAUUAUAUUACAAGACAAUAAUAUUCAGUAAUAAGAUGUGAUGUCGUAACACCUCUUCAUUGAAAGGCGAGAAAGAGUUGAGUCCACAUACAGUAAAGUAAAAAUACAUAAAAGUCAAGGAAUAUAACGUCAUUGGUUAGCAUGUCUAACAAACAAUAUGGAAAAGAUACAAAUUAGGAACAAUAGAAAGAGACUGCGAUGCCUCAUAUAUGGAGCAGAUAAAACGACAACUACAAACUAGAAUAAAGAAACAAGAAUAACAUCAGUCAAAAUCCAUCAUGACAAUCUAUGAUUACAGGAUUAAAAUUUAAUCAAUAAUUUAAGUGAAAAUUGACCGAGAAAUGUUCAAACACAAGUCAGAGAAGAAUAUCAUUGUCAAAAUCAAAUUUUUAAGAUCUGUUACUUUUGAUCUGCUGUACACUUACUGUAAAGAAGAACUUCGUGAUACAGACAUAUAACUUGUAUGCAAUGAAAGUGC